AUGGCGAUGGUAUAUUCACAAUUUAACCAUAUGGGAAACCCUAGGCUAAACAUGCAAGGUACUUUACAUCAACCUCCCCAUCGACGGACUUGCCUUUCUGAUCAUUCUCUUCUUCCUCGAUCUUAAGAGUCCGCGUACGCCGCUACUUGAAGGACUCAAAGCUAUUGACUGGGUGGGCUCGAUUUUGGUUAUCGGAGGCACGCUCAUGUUUCUUUUCGGUCUUGAAAAUGGCGGCGUUGCAGCAACCUCGGGCUCUGCCAAGGUUAUCUCCUUGCUCGUCUUCGGCCUGCUCACUUGGGUACUUUUCAUUUUUGGGAGGUGCAUUACGCCGAAUUCCCCGUCAUGCCUAUGAACUUACUCAGAAAUGUUACUAACGCCGCCACACUUUUCUGCGUUUUCAUUCAAGGUGUUGUUUCCAUCUCCACCUCAUACUAUCUCCAUCUCUACUUCUAGUCCAUACGUGGAUAUAUCCCUAUUCAAUCAGGUCUCUAUGUACUCCCUACCGCCCUAUCGCUUGCGGCUGGUAGUCUCUCUACCGGUUCGGUGGUCGCAAAGACCGGUUGGUAUAUGCCACCGAUCUGCUUCCGCCUAUUCAUGAUGACCCUUGGCUUCGGUUUCUUCAUCGACUUUGACGCCUACAGCAGUUGGGCAAAACUCUUUCUGUUCCAAAUCGUAGCUGGUCUAGGCGUCGGCCCCCUCUUCCAAGCUCCUAUAAUCAGUCUCCACGCGCACACCGAACCCCAUGACAUCGCGACCGCUACUUCAACCCUCGGGUUUAUCCGCCAGCUCGCGCAAGCCAUCUCCGUAGUAAUAGGCCAAGCCGUCUAUCAAAAUGAAAAAGCCAAAAAAUACCCCUCUCUCGUCGCCUCGGGUAUCUCUCCCUCUCUGGCAAAACUCAUCUCCUCCGGUGAUGCCGGUGCCGAUAUCCAAAUCAUUAAUAUCCCUCCCCCAGACCAACGCACCGCCGUCCGUGUCGCGCUCGCGGAUUCCCUCAAGCCAAUGUGGCUUAUGUACACGUGUAUCACUGCCGCCGGGCUACUCGCCUCAUUCCUCAUUAGACGGAAGGUUUUGACUCAUGCGCUUGUGGAAACUAGGACAGGUUUAGAAGCUGAACGUGAAAAUGCUGAAGCUCGACUUUGGGAGCGAGAAAUGAGAAAGAGGAAGUCUUGA